CAAACGUCUGAAGCAGUUAGAGGAAGUCACGGAAAAAGACUGAAAGCUUCCACCGCAUCAGGCCAAUAUUUUCACGGUUUGGGAUCAUUUAUAUUUUUAUAGGAGAUGGGGGCCUGUAUGGCGUUGUGCUCUAUUGCGAGCUGUGCCUCAUGUUUGUGUGGCUCCGCUCCAUGUCUGCUGUGUGGCUGCUGUCCCUCUUCCAACAACUCCACUGUCACUCGGCUGGUCUUCUCUUUCUUCCUCCUGCUGGGAACACUGGUGUCUGUAAUAAUGAUCUUACCUGGCAUGGAGACACAGCUUAGCAAGAUUCCUGGCUUUUGUCAAGGAGGAACCACGAUACCAGGAAUAGAGAACCAUGUUAACUGCGAUGUCAUUGUGGGAUACAAAUCAGUCUACCGCAUGUGCUUUGCUAUGGCUUGCUUCUUUUUCCUGUUCUCUGCUAUUAUGAUCCGCGUACGGAGCAGCAAAGACCCUCGUGCUGCCGUUCAGAACGGGUUUUGGUUCUUCAAGUUUCUGAUCCUUGUUGGUAUCACAGUUGGAGCCUUUUUCAUCCCAGAUGGAACAUUUCAUAAUGUUUGGUUCUACUUUGGUAUUGUGGGCUCCUUCAUUUUCAUCCUGAUCCAGCUCAUCCUCCUGAUUGACUUUGCCCACUCCUGGAACGAAGUGUGGGUGAGGAAUGCCGAGGAGGGCAACACAAAGUGUUGGUUCUCAGGUCUGUUGUUCUUCACGAUCCUACAUUACGCCCUGGCGUUUACUGCUAUCGUGCUGUUUUAUCUGUACUACACGAAACCCGACAACUGCACCGAACACAAGUUCUUCAUCAGCUUCAACCUUAUUCUCUGCGUCAUCGUAUCUGUGGUUUCUAUUCUGCCCAAAGUGCAGGAUGCUGCACCUCAGUCUGGUCUGCUUCAGUCGUCUAUUAUUACUCUGUACACUAUGUACGUCACCUGGUCUGCCAUGACUAACAAUCCUAAUCGAGAAUGUAACCCCAGUCUACUCAGCCUGGUGUCCAAUGUUAGCACAGCCGGGGCCACGCCCACAAGCUCCCCAGGGACAGUGCAGUGGUGGGAUGCUCAAGGCAUUGUGGGAUUGGUCAUCUUCCUAUUUUGCACAUUUUAUGCAAGCAUCCGUUCAUCCAGCAACGCUCAGGUGAACAGGCUGAUGCAGACAGAGGAAGGGAAGGGCUCUGAGGGGUGUGAGGAGGUGGGUGAGGAUGGCGUGCGGCGUGCCGUGGACAACGAGGAAGACGCCGUCACAUACAGCUACUCCUUUUUCCACUUCCACCUUUUCCUGGCCUCUCUCUACAUCAUGAUGACGCUCACUAACUGGUACAAACCUGACACCAGCACUCAGGCCAUGCAAAGCACCAUGCCUGCAGUGUGGGUGAAGAUCUGCUCCAGCUGGCUAGGUCUGGCCGUCUACAUGUGGACCCUUGUGGCUCCUCUCAUCUUCCCUGAUCGAGAAUUCAGCUAAGCUGGCGUGGCUGACACUCUCUCACCCAUUCAUAACUGUCUGUGUUGAGUAUAUUACAAAACUCCAAAAACUACGGAACUAAACUAAGGAAAGCAAUUCAAUAUCAAAAGUGAUUUAACUAACCUCAAGAUAAAAUCUUAAAAAUUUCCUUUACGUAUAUGAGAUGUUCGUUUUACUCUUGGUUAUUAAGAUUGAAGGGCUAAUAGGUUUAAAACUGCAUGGAAAACAACAAGUGUAUAUACCGUGGUAAGUAUUUUAAUCCAAAAAUAAAUCCUGAACUGUUGUUCUGUAAAUUGCACACUUUAGAUUAUCGGACACCUUCUUGCGCAUGUUCGUAAAGUGGUAGUUCACCCAAAAAUUCAUCAUUUACUCGCCCUCAUGUCAUUUCAUACCUGUGUAAAUUACUUUGUUUUGAUGAACACAGAGAAAGAUAUUUGGAAGAAUGUUAGCCAUUUUCAAUUCUGUGACAUCAUUGACUACCAUAGUAGGAAAAAUGAAAUGGUAGUCAAAGGUGCCCCAGAACUGUUUGUGUUCCUAAAUUCUUCAAAAUAUCUCAACAGAACAACAAAAUAUACAAUAUUCUUUUUCUACUAUAGUAGUGGAUGAUGUCACAGAACUGAAAAUUGCUAACAUUCUUACAAAUAUCUUUCUUGGUGUUUAACAGAACAAAGAACUUUAUAUAGGUUUGAAACAACCUGAGGGUAAGUAAUUGAUGACAGAAUUUUUAUUUUUGGGUGAACUAUCUCUUUAAGUACAAUCCCUUCUGUGUAUGAAUAAUGUUCACAUCGCUGAUCUCUGUACAUGCGUGCUGUGUCCUCUUUCCUAUCUCUUAAUGUAGUGUGACUCCGGCUGACUCCACAUCAUGCAUAAAUGGGGUAAAUGAAUGAAAUAGGUUAGAUCAAUAUGUAGCUACUGUGCUGUCGAUACAGAUUAAUUUAUCCCCAUGUGGCUCUUAAGAGUUUGCUUUUAUAUAUAUAAAGUCAAUAUUGCUUGUUUAAUUUUGAUUACUUUAAAGUGACGUCACUGCUUUUAUGUUUAAAAGGGGUAAGAUUCUCGAACCCGAAGCCACACAUUUCAAUGCAAGUACACUUAAUAACUGCCCGACAGACCAUCAACUUAGUGGUCAUAGCCACGAAAACGAAUAUGCAUGUUACUGCUGCUAGAAACCUACACUACCUGAAGAGGAAAUGCUUUAUAUAGCAUUUCAACAUCAGGGUCUUCUUCAAUAUUCUGUAUAAUACUCUAUCGUAGAUUACAGUUCUAUUACAUUUCACUGCGAUUGCACACUUUGUUCUGAAGCAGUGUCAGAGGUGGUGAGGGGCUUGAGCAGGGGGCUUUUUUUGCUCCGAGCCCUCCGUAGAGCCCCAUAGAGCUUGUGCAUGCGGAAGAUAAGCCCAAAACGACACACCCGACACACUGAAAACGAGUUCACCACACAGCACUUUUGGUUCACACGGAGUCUCUUACUGCCAUGAACACACAGAUUGUGCUUUAAUAUUGAUCACGUAUCCAAAAUAAUACAAUGAAUAUGGUGCUGUCAGUCCAUCAGAGGCAGAUGUUUACCUGUUGUGCUUGUCGUUCAGCAGAAAUGUGUGCGUACAAAACGUGUGGCUGGAAAAACGUUCUUUAUAGAAUUAUUACACAUAGAUUUAUAGUUUAGGGCUGGAGAGUAUGUGGAUCAUUGAUGUGUUUAAUUGGUAGAUGUCCUUUCUGAAUUAAUCGCGUUAAUCUUUCCAUUUGUGAUGACUUUCAGUAGUUUCUUUUUCCUUUUAUUUCUGUUUUAUAACCCAGAAUUUAUUUUCCUUGUAAGCACAUGCUGGAGUGAAAUGUUGUUCAGUUUUGUGGACCUGAUUUUCAAAGUGUCAAAGAAACGUUUCUGAACGUUUACAUUUUUGAAUAUUGCUGAAAACCUGUUCAAUUUUGAAAACAUGAAGUUGACACUAUAUAGGUAUUGUAGAUGUUUUCACACUUUUCACACCGUAACAGUUUUACACAAGCAUGACAAGUCAUUUGUAAUCUAUUAUUAGAAGCAACACGAUUGUUCAUCCUGUGUAAAAUUCUUCAUGUGCCUUUCUUUGAGAGCUUGUCUUAUGAAAAGUAACCAGGUUUAUUCAGACCUGUGAAAAAGUGCCUUUGCUGUUUUGUAACGAUUCAUUUUCUUCAUACCAUUGACAUUGCCUACAGUAUGUGUAAGUAAUAUUUCAGCGAUCUGGUGUUUGAUCUGUGCUUAUGCUGUGUAUAUUUCAAUAAACUUGUAUAGUGAGA